GAAUGGACAAUGACCUCAUCAGUGUUUAGUACAUAACUACGGAGAUACAACUUAAACUCACAAACUAUUCGCUGGUUAUAUACUUAUGUCAAUGUGCUACCAAAUUAAAGGUACCUAAUGCUUGUGGAACAAUUGGAUAAAGGUGGUCGACAGCAUCUUAAAUUGUUUGUAAAAUAUUAAGCCAUCCAAAUCGCGAUAUACGAGAUAAUUUGUUAUCAGUCAUAAAGAUUACAGAUAAUUCGACUCUUAAUAAUACCUAUUACGAAACAAAGUUCAUUUAGAAGGCUCAUAGCUCAGUAGUAAAUCAUCAAUACCCCCAACAGACAUUAAUUAUAAAAAAAAUAAACCCAAGGUUAUUAAUAUGAAGCCGAUAUUGUACAAAGCUGACCCCAGUCCACCGGCCAGAGCUGUGAUGAUGGUCAUUGAUAUAUUGGGACUGGACGUCGAGCAAAGGACUUUGAAUCCUGUGUUACGGGAGCAAGAUGUUCCUGAACUUAAGAAGAAAAAUCCAAUGAGAACUAUACCAAUAUUAGACGAAGGAGACUUUUGGCUUGCUGACAGCCAUGCAAUAAUGAUUUACCUUUUAGACAAAUAUGGAAAACCUGAACAUUCGUCAUUGUAUCCCACUGACAGCAGAAAGCGCGCGACAGUUCAUCAGAGACUAUUCUUUGACUGUGGAGUUUUAUUUCAAAGACUGAGAGCUGUUAUGGCUCCUACCUACAUGGGAAGACUGGAAGAGAUGUCCAAAAGCAUGGUGAGGAAUAUAGUGGACGCAUAUUCAAUGCUUGAAGACUAUUUAUCCGAAAACUUGUAUAUGGCGGAUAAUGUCAUCACUAUUGCGGAUUUAAGCAUUGUUUCAACUAUGGCAACUCUGGUGGAGCUAGUUCCUAUUGAUGAAAAGAGAUUCCCUAAACUAAAGCAAUGGUAUAAGAAUAUGAGUGACAAAGACUACUGUAAAAGGAUUAACAUUCCCGGUGGUAAAGAACAUGCAGACGGAUUGAUAGCUUUGAUGAAAUUCAAUAAAUCGAAUAAGAAAUCAAAAUUGUAAAACAAUGGUUAAAUGUAAGAUGAGAUGUUUAUGUGAUCUUGACUCAGCCUGAGUGCUACGGUGUUUUGGAUUCGUGAAACGUAAUACAUUACUUAAAAAUUAUGGACAUAAUAUGAGUAAAAAAAUAUAAAUUCAUAAAUUGUAUAUUUUGUAUCAUUAAAAUUAAAUUAACCAGCUAUGUAUAUUACAAGGUCGAAAGCAGGGUCAAACAAAAUACAGUAUAAGAAUCA